AAGCCCCGGUGUGUCUGACGCACCUGUCCUCGCGGCGGAGGGGACGCACGCACGCACGCACGCACGCGGCGCUCAUGUGUACCUGUGUGGCGGGAAGCUGGAGCACGCAGCCCGCAACCCGCCGCCGCUCCGCUGGACCGGACCGGAGCAGCCGGCCCUCUGGACCGAUGUGCUGGCGGAGAUGUCCCGGCACAUCUACAUCCGCAACAAGAUCGGAGAGGGCAUCCAGGCGCCCAUCUUCCAGGUGAACCGAGGCACCUACUCCAGGAGGAGCCGCCUCAAGAGGUCAGAUGGCAGCACCACGUCCACCAGCUUCAUCCUCCGUCAGGGCUCAGCUGAUUCGUACACUAGCAGACCAUCAGACUCAGAUGUCUCUCUGGAGGAGGAGCGGGAGGUGCCGGCCCAGGUCCAGAGCCAGAGCCCCAGCCAGAGCCAGGGACCGGGACAGAGCCGCCAGGAGAGGGAGCAGCAGGCCACCAUCCAGCUGGAGAGAGCCAAGACUAAACCCGUGGCCUUCGCUGUGAGGACCAACGUGAGCUACUGCGGCGCGCUGGACGAGGACGUGCCCGUGCCGGCCACCGCCAUCUCCUUCGACGCCAAGGACUUCCUCCACAUAAAAGAGAAGUUCAACAAUGACUGGUGGAUCGGCCGGCUGGUGAAGGAGGGCUGCGAGAUCGGCUUCAUCCCCAGCCCGCUGAAGCUGGAGAACAUCCGGCUCCAGCAGGAGCAAAAGAGAGGACGAGUCCAAGGUAAGUCUGGAGGGAAUUCUUCUUCCAGUGUAGAGGAUGAGGUUUCGGCCUCUAUCCGCCCGCUCAUCUCCUCGGCAGGGAAGCAGAAACAGAAAGUGACGGAGCACAUCCCGCCGUACGACGUGGUUCCCUCCAUGAGGCCCGUGGUGCUGGUGGGACCCUCGCUGAAGGGCUACGAGGUGACGGACAUGAUGCAGAAGGCGCUGUUCGACUUUCUCAAGCACAGAUUCGACGGCAGAAUAUCGAUAACGCGAGUCACCGCGGACAUAUCGCUCGCCAAACGCUCCGUUCUCAACAACCCCAGCAAGAGGGCCAUCAUCGAACGGUCCAACACUCGCUCCAGUCUGGCCGAGGUCCAGAGUGAGAUCGAGAGGAUCUUCGAGCUGGCGCGCUCGCUGCAGCUGGUCGUCCUGGACGCCGACACCAUCAACCACCCGGCCCAGCUCCUCAAGACCUCCCUGGCGCCCAUCAUCGUGCACGUUAAAGUCUCCUCGCCCAAGGUCCUGCAGAGGCUUGUGAAGUCCAGAGGGAAGUCCCAGAGCAAACACCUGAAUGUCCAGCUGGUGGCCGCAGACAAACUGGCCCAGUGUCCCCCGGAAAUGUUCGACAUCAUCCUGGACGAGAACCAGCUGGAGGACGCCUGCGAGCAUCUGGCCGAAUACCUGGAGGCCUACUGGAAAGCAACCAACACCUCCAUGGCGACGCCCCUCAAUCCCCUGAUGGGACGCAACCUGGGCCCCACCACGCUGACCCCGUACCCCACCAGCAUCUCUGGACUGCAGCAGAGCCAAAGAAUGCGACAGAGCAACCACACGGGGGACCACUCCACCCCCAACGAGCGGCGCAACCUGAUGACGUCGGACGAGAACUACCACAACGAGCGGGCGCACAAGGGACGCAACCGCAUGUCUUCGGGCUCCCAGCACAGCCGAGAGCAGCAGGACCCCUACCAGGACUACCAGGACCCCUAUCAGGAUGCAUACAAGCCACACCGCAACCGCAGCUCCCCGGGCAGCUACAGCCAUGACUCCCGACACCGACUCUGAGCUCCGCCCGGGUCAGCGGCGCCAACGGCCCCGCCGCCACCCAAAGUAAACGCUGCAAUAGAGCCAGGAG